AUGUCUCAAGGCGCAGAAGAGAAAAUAGAGGUCAACCAUGCGUCGCAAGCUGAAACAGCGGAUAAUUGGGCCAACCUCGCCGAAGAUGCUCGCAAUGCGACAGAAGAAGAACAUAGCUUGACUUUCUUCAAGGCAGUCAAGAUGUACCCGCAAGCGUGCAUGUGGUCCAUGGUUGUCUCAAUCGUUGUCAUUAUGGAUGGAUAUGACACGGCUCUUAUCGGCUCUCUUUUCGCGUAUCCCGCUUUUCAACAGCAGUUUGGGCAAGCUCAAGGACAUGGCAAAUACCAGUUGGAGGCAAAGUGGCAGACUGCUUUAGGAUUGGCUAGUCCUCUUGGUAAUAUUGUUGGCAUUUAUCUCAACGGACUCAUCACCGAAUGGUUUGGCCACAAAAAAGCCGUUUUGGGAACUCUUGUGUUUCUCAGUGGAGUUCUAUUUAUCCCCUUCUUCUCAAAGACCAUCGAGGUGCUUUUUGCCGGCGAGUUACUGUGCGGCCUGGCUUGGGGCGUUUUCACCACUUUGGCUCCUGCAUACGCCUCGGAGGUUGCUCCAGUAGCCCUUCGCGCAUACCUUGAGACCUUCGUUGUCCUCUGUUGGGGAAUUGGCCAGUUUGUUUCUUACGGCGUUCUCUACGGCUUGGUCAACCGCACUGAUGAAUGGUCUUGGCGAAUCCCGCUGGCUGUCCAGUGGGUUUGGCCCGUUAUUGUUAUUCCCCUGCUCUUAUUUGCCCCUGAAUCCCCCUGGUGGCUUGUUCGUAAAGGCCGUAUCGACAAAGCAGAGCAGUCUAUGAAGCGCCUGUCCUCCAAGAAAUCGCAAAACAGCAAGCAAUCCGUUGCUUUGAUGGUUCAGACUACCAACUUAGAGGCGGCCAUGACGGAAGGUGCAUCAUAUGGGGAUUGCUUUCGCGGAACGAAUCUGUGGCGUACUGAAAUCGGAUGCGUCGCUUGGGCGUCUCAGGUUCUCUGUGGAUUUGCCAUAGCCAACUACUCGUCCUACUUUUACGAACAGGCUGGGUUGCCGGCGGCAAACGCUUACAAAAUGACAAUUGGACAAGGAGGCAUUCAUUUCUUGUGUACCCUGCUCUCGCUAUUUGUGACUGCAAGAUUUGGCCGACGUGGGAUCAUGCUCUGUGGAUAUGCCGGCAUGUCUUGCGCUAUGUUUACUCUUGGAUUCCUGGCACUUGCUCGCCAGACCACGGGCCUGGGCUAUGGACAGGCUAUUAUGUAUCUCGUCUGGUAUGUCGUCUACCAGCUGACGAUUGGUCCGACUGCCUUCAUCGUUGUUGGCGAGAUAUCCUCCACCCGUCUUCGAUCUAAGAGUAUUUCUCUGGCUCGCAACGCAUACAAUGUUGCGAAUGUGUUUAGCGCCACUGUGGCUCCCUAUACUCUGAAUCCCACUGCGGGAAAUCUGAAGGGCAAGACUGCCUUCUUGGCCGCCGCGUUCUCACUGCUUUGUUUGUUGUGGGGCUACUUCCGCCUCCCGGAAAGCAAAGACAGGACGUUCGAGGAGCUAGACCUCUUAUUUUCCAGGAAUCUCAAGGCACAUGAAUUCAGAGACGCAUCUGUCGACGACAUGGAUAUGCCGGAAUUUACUAAACAGCAAUGA